AUGAUCCCUACACCGGAUCUCUCACAUUUGAAAGCAUCAGAUUAUGAUAAAGUCUAUGAGCCUGCUGAAGAUACAUUCAUCCUAUUAGACGCAAUAGAGGAGGACGUAGAAGAAAUAAAACGCAAUAGACCGAAUUUAUGCUAUGAAAUUGGUCCAGGAAGUGGAUGCGUAUCUGCGUUUAUAGCUAGCAUAUUGAAAUCUAGCACCUUAUAUCUUAGCAGCGAUAUAAACCCGUAUGCCGCAAGCUGCACACGGCGGACAGGAGUACAAAACGGUCAUACAUUGGAUGUCAUACAGGCAUCGCUAUAUGACAAUAUCCGUAUUCCACGUAGUGUGGACUUAUUGCUGUUCAAUCCACCCUAUGUUCCUACAGAGUACGAGGAAAGUACCUUAGCCCAACAAAAUCAGGACAUUUCAGGUGCUUGGGCGGGUGGAAACAUUGGUAUGGAUCUUACGAAUAAAGUGCUCGAAAAUUUGGACAAUCUCCUAAGCGAUAACGGUGUAAUGUAUCUUGUCGCCAUACGGCAGAAUAAUCCACAGGAUAUCUGCCAGAAUCUCAAUAGCAGCGGUUCAUUCGAUGCCAAGAUAUUGAUAUCAAGACGGGCAGGUAGAGAGACAUUAUUUGUUAUAAAGUGUGCAAGAAUAAGGAAUUGAUGGUAUCGCGAUGGGUUUAAUAUCUUCCGCACCUCAUAUCUUCAUUCUUUUAUGAUCACAACACUUUCGAGUACUUUGUUACACUAAUGCUGAUGAAUUAUAUUAUUUAUAUAAGGAUAACAAACAUCUGAGAAACAAAUUAAUGAUAAGCUAAGAAUCUAUCGAGAAGAGAGAUUAUACUCACUCUAUUGCCAAGCCGGACAAUCUGAAACGUCAACAAACGGUACAAAUAAGGAGUAAAGUUACUUUCUGGUGUCUGUCGAUAGCUAUAAGAGCUCAUUAUUUUGUUCAUAUUUGACUUAUUUUAGCAAAGCUCGAUUAUCAAUGCCUGCUCAAUGAAGUUAGCGUUUACAUAUCAUAUCAACCAAAGUGCUCUGCAGAAAAGACUACCAAAGUAUCAGUGUACUGUGUUACCUUCAAUAGGCUCUUCUAAAUGAGGUACAUGCACUAUAUGUCGAAUAUAUGAGAAUGGGUUCUAUAAAAGACUAUCGGCGGUUUGGACACCCGCAUUAUACUUGCCUUUAUCUUUGCGACGGUGCCCAACUCUCAGCAACUGGAGGUGCAUCUGGUCGUCAGCAACAAAAUUUCCAAGCUCUCUUUGCCUCUCAACUUAUAUAGUAGAAGACGCACAUUCGAAGCGU